GCAGCUGCUGGAUGCUGGGUGGUGUCACAUAGGGGCAGUUUGCCCCCAAAUUGGAGCAAUCCAGCCCCUGUCCUGCUAGUGUGCAAACGGAUUUCCUUCAAUGCAUUUUUCCCUCUCCCAACUCUUUCUGAAACCAACAAGACUGGGGUUAUGAAGUCAAUCCUAGAUGGCCUCGCAGAUACAACUUUCCGAACGAUCACAACAGAUCUCCUUUACAUGGGCUCCAACGAUAUCCAGUACGAAGACAUGAAAGGCGACAUGGCGUCCAAGCUGGGAUACUACCCCCAGAAGUUCCCUCUCUCUUCCUUCAGGGGUGAUCCUUUCCAAGAAAAAAUGACUGCGGGAGAUGAUCCCCUGUUGAGCAUUAUUCCCUCAGAUCAGGUCAACAUCACAGAGUUUUACAACAAGUCCCUGUCCACGUUUAAGGAUAAUGAUGAGAACAUACAGUGUGGAGAGAACUUCAUGGAUAUGGAGUGCUUUAUGAUCCUGAACCCCAGCCAGCAGCUGGCCAUCGCUGUGCUGUCACUCACCCUGGGCACCUUCACAGUCCUGGAGAACCUCCUUGUCCUGUGUGUCAUCCUCCACUCCCGAAGCCUCCGGUGUAGACCCUCCUACCAUUUCAUUGGAAGCCUGGCUGUGGCUGAUCUCCUGGGCAGCGUAAUUUUUGUCUACAGUUUUGUGGAUUUCCAUGUUUUCCACCGGAAGGACAGCCCCAACGUCUUCUUGUUCAAACUGGGUGGAGUUACAGCCUCCUUCACUGCCUCUGUAGGUAGCCUUUUCCUCACGGCAAUAGACCGGUACAUAUCUAUACACAGGCCACUAGCUUACAAAAGGAUUGUUACCCGACCAAAGGCUGUCGUAGCAUUUUGUGUGAUGUGGACCAUCGCUAUUGUAAUAGCCGUUCUUCCUCUGCUCGGCUGGAACUGCAAAAAGCUCAAUUCCGUUUGUUCGGACAUAUUCCCUCUCAUCGAUGAGACAUACCUGAUGUUCUGGAUCGGGGUCACCAGCGUCCUCUUGCUGUUCAUUGUCUAUGCCUACAUGUACAUACUGUGGAAGGCUCACAGCCACGCUGUUCGCAUGAUUCAGCGGGGCACACAGAAAAGCAUAAUCAUUCAGUCUACGGAGGAUGGUAAGGUACAGAUCACGAGGCCUGAUCAAACUCGUAUGGACAUCAGAUUAGCCAAAACCUUGGUCCUUAUCCUAGUCGUUUUAAUCAUAUGCUGGGGCCCUCUCCUCGCCAUCAUGGUGUACGAUGUCUUUGGGAAAAUGAACAAGCUCAUCAAGACUGUCUUUGCCUUCUGUAGCAUGCUCUGUUUGCUGAAUUCCACAGUGAAUCCCAUCAUCUAUGCUCUGAGGAGCAAGGACUUGCGACACGCCUUCCGCAGCAUGUUCCCCACCUGCGAAGGCACCGCGCAGCCCCUCGAUAACAGCAUGGAGUCUGACUGCCAGCACAAACACGCCAACAACACGGGGAACGUGCACAGGGCUGCCGAGAGCUGCAUUAAGAGCACCGUUAAGAUUGCCAAAGUGACCAUGUCUGUCUCCACAGACACGACUGCUGAAGCAUUGUAAGUCAGAGACUUCUCCGCGUUGUGAGAAAUGGAGUUAGUUUAAAAAAAAAAAAAAAUCAACAACAGAAAACCAAACCCGUGGCUUAACGUGUUUGUACCCUCCUGUAAUAUUUUUUUGGUUUGUCAUUGUAAGCUGAGCGAUGAUUGUGUUAAGAGUACUACCAUCAGCCAGUUCUUCAGGUUUUACAAUUAGGGAUUCAAGCUAAUUUUUCAAAAGUUUUUUUUUCUCAAAAAGUAUUUACCAAAUGAUAGUAAGUUUCCUGAAAGAGCACAGAGAAAAUACCAGGUUAGCGACGGUUCCUUUUGGGGGUGUGAAGAAAAAUUGUGAAACCUAAUUGAAAACUAAUGCAUCCUAAACCAAUGCCAUCAAAUAAGAAAAAAAAAAAAAAGCCUUGUAAUCAUGCUGUUCAUUUCAAUGUGAUGUGUAUUUCAUGUCUGUAAGUAAUAGGAGUUUUUAUUUUUCCCAAAAGCGGCAGUGCUGAGUUUUAAAGGUUUUGUAAAACGUGUCGUGUCCCGUGAAUUGUAU